CCACCGUCGCUCUUCUCUGCCGCACCUUCAUCUCUCUUCGCCACCGCCGUCGAUCUGAUCUUCCAUUCUUUUCCUUUUCGGAAACCCUAAUUUUGCAUUGUAAAACCCUGAUUCACCUCCUCAUUCACUGCGCAAUACCUCGCCCCAACCAAUUUUUUUUUUUUUUAAUCCAAAUUAUUUCUCUUUUUUUUUUUUUUAAAUUUGGGUUUCUAUCUUCGAUUCCCGAAAUCAUCGCAAACCCUAAUUUUGUUUUUUUAAUUAACUGGUAUGGCUGCGAAUACCAAUAACGCUAACAGCAAUUCUUCCACUGGAACUGUUGUGGGUAAUCAAGCGAAACCAAUUUCUUCAGCGCGGACGCAAAUCGUCCUGAGAGAAUCGGAGUUGAUCGCGGCGGGUUCUUCCUUGCCGUCACCGUCAUCGCCAUCAACGGCUGUGAUUGCACAACCUGUUCAGGCAGUGGAGGGGGAGGGUGUGGAGAACGGGAGCGGGACCAACGGCAAUGCUGGUAAGAAGCCAGUGUGGAGUAGGCCUUCUAAUGGAGCUGCUGGGGUUGGGUCAGUCAUGGGAGGUCAAUGGCCCGCUUUGUCCGAGUCCGCUAGGGUUUCUUCCAAACCCCCCUCAGAUUCGCUGAAAAUUUUGUCUGAUGGAUCAUCCUCACCCUCAUCCUCAUCCUCCUCGGUUGUUUCACAGGGGACUGGAAAUGCAUCUUUUUCUUCACAGAAGCUUGCUAGCAACAAUGCAAACUCAAAUUCAACUCUAAACCAUACAAUGCCAGUACGCCUGAGGUCAAUGAAGCGUGGUGGUGCAUCAUCUAAUGGCAGUCUCUCUCAGCCGCCGCCACCACCAUCACCUGGAUCAGCAGUUGAAGCACCUUUGAAUAGUCCUUCUAGGGACCAUGCACAGAGGACUGGGUUUAUAUCACAAUCUCAUAGUGGUAAUGAUCACCCUCAGCAUCGCAAUUCAAACCGAAAUCGCAAUGGUGGUCCCCAUCCCCGUGGAGAUGGUUCUCAUACUCAGAAUUAUGGACGCAGGCGUAAUCAGGACCAUGUAAAUCAAGAUUGGAACAAUCAUCGAAAUUUUCAUGGUAGAGAUGCUCAUCUGCAGCCUCAAAGGGGUGUCCCAAGGUUUAGGCAUGGACCACCACCUCCACCUGCACUGCCUACCACUCCACAAUAUAUGGCACAUCCCCCAUCACAGCCUUUCGGCACCCCCAUAGGUUUUCCUGAAUUUUCAUCUAGCAUCUAUUAUGUUCCGAUUCAAGCUCAUCCAGAUUCACUGAGAGGUGUGCCUUUUAUUGCACCCGUGCCAUCAUUCUUUUUGCACCCACCGGACUUGCAGUUGCAUGCUAAGAUAGUGAGUCAGAUAGAUUAUUACUUCAGUAAUGAAAAUUUGAUUAAAGAUACAUUCUUGCGGCAAAACAUGGAUGUCCAUGGUUGGGUUUCCAUUAAAUUAAUAGCAGGCUUCAAAAAGGUUUUGCAUUUGACAGAAGAUAUUCAGCUUAUAUUGGCUGCUGUGCAGUGUUCAAAAGUUGUGGAAGUGCAGGGUGACAAAUUAAGGAGGCGGAAUGAUUGGCAGAAAUGGAUAAUGCCACCAUCUGCUGUUCAGUUUACAAAUAUUUCAAGUCCUCGGUCUGGGGGGAACUCCAGCCCGGAUAUGCUGACAGCCAGCAUCCAAAAUAUUUCACUGGAUCAGAAUGCUACUAACCAGGGUGGUUCAAUGAAUCAAGAAAAUGUUCAUGCUGAGUCAUUAGCAGGUAGGUCGUCAUCUGGAGACUUGAAUAAUCUGUUACCGUCCAGCAGUGAGGGCAUGGCUGACAAUGCUUAAGGUAUUCCAGCGAGAACUUCAAGUUAGAUUGAUGUGCUUCAGUGCACGCGUUCCAUCUAACAUUCGUGGGAAAUGGAACAGAUUAUUUUGACAACUGCCGAUUAUCUUGCUAUUGCAUAGUCUUGGGUGCAAAUUAGGAAACAACUUUUGAGUAAAAAAACAGGGGAAAAAAGGUUAGUCUUAGAAGUAAAUCCAAAAGAGAAAAGAGAGAAUUUGAACUUUCAGACUUAUCUAGUAGCACGGAUUUAUUAUGGGUGUAUGUAUGGUUUUCAGUUUUUGGUUUUUGGGUCAAUGCCUUAUCCCUCUACAUUAUUCAUGGUGGCAUGUUUGGUACACUGUUAUCUGGGGAACUUUUGAUGGCACAUCCCCUUAGUAGGGAUGAUGAUACAUUUAAAAGGCUCUUGUUUGUUGGCACCUGAAAACAGUGAGGGGGAUGUGAGGCAAAAAUGGCUGCUGCUGGAUGCUACACUUCGUGCAUUAGUGCUUAUGGCUGCCUUGGUGAUGCUAUAAUUUGGCCAUCUGAACAUGUUUCAUGGCUGCUGCCAUGCCAUACAUUUAUUUAGAAUUGCUUUUAUAUGUAUAGAUUGAUACUUUGCUCCAUAAAAUUGUCCUCAGUGGACAAACCUUUUAAACACUGAAUUUUAGACUGCAUGCAUGUAAUGUUCGUGUUUUUACACGUAUUCCCGAAGGAGUGAAUCCCGCUCUAAUAGUCCCUACAUAAUUUGUUUUUCCAUUAUUCUUUUGGAGUGUCAGUUUAGCAACUGACAUUUGUAUCCAAGAACAACCCUGCUUUUCUGUUUAUGCAAUGAUACUUUUUGAUAUAUUUAGUUAGAAAAAUAUAAGUAAUUUUUAAUA